AUGGUGAGACAGGUGAGGCACACGGCAAAGAAGCCUGCCGCACGACAAAGGCCCCCUGCGCACGACAAAGAGUCGCCGCACGGAAAAGGGCUGCGCACGACAAAGGGUGCGGAUAAGGCUCUGGUCGGGCCGCGCCCUGAGCCACAAAAGAACCUGGUCGAUCUCCUCGCUCGCUCCCCGUGCCGCCACCACACGAACGCAGGCCGCACGCCGCCGCCUCGAUCUCCGUCGCUGCCGCUGCUGCUACUCCCCCCGCCCCCUCCCCCGCCGCCGCUGCUGCUACUCCCCCGCCCCUUCCCCGCUGCCGCCGCUGCUUCUCCCCACGGUCGCCCUCACCUGCCAUUACUGCUCGCCGGCAGGCUGCAGCUACUGCCCGUGCCAACUGCUGCUGGUCGCCCCCGGCGGCUGCUACUGGUCGCCCCCGCCGGCUACUGCUGCUGCUCGCACCCCUCCUCCCCCCAUCGGCUGCUGCUCGUCCGCCUCGGCCAUUCCCCGGACUCCUGCUCGCCACCACCCGAGCCGCUACCAGCCGCAGAGAAGAGCUCCGACCGCCACCACCUGGCCUCCCGCGCGCUUUGGGAAGCGCCGGCGGAGCACCAGUACGUUACAGUUGUGGAGAGGCUGAGGCCACGUGAUAAGAGGCCAUAUCAGCGUGGGAAAACACAACUCCCCUCGCUGAAGGAGUGGCCCUACAGCCAUGUUGUUCUAGAGCCCGCUGGAAGGAGUUCGUUCAAGUUUGAAGACCCGUCGCAGAGGCCGCCACAUGGGUACGCGAACAUCUUUGGGGGCCUACUUAGAAGGUAUUUCCCUGGGCUAGUCGAUCUCCCUACUGGUGGCCGCGACAGAUACUUCCGGAAGGCCGAGGGUAAGGAAAAUGCAUGCAAUGCUGUCCUACACCAGAUGGCAAGGACGAGGGUGACUGGCAUACACUACGAGGCACGUGUUCAGUGCGUCCGCAACUGGCACGCCGACCGCUUCGGAGAGAUGGCAGCAAAGGAGCAGCAGGCCCAGGAGCGAAGGGCGCAGAUGGAGAAGCAGAUUCUGGACUACCAGCAGAACCAGGCAUAUAUGAUGCAACAGAUUCAACAGCAGCAACAGAUUCAACAGCAACACCAGGCACAGAUGAACUGGCUGAUGAGCCAGACCAAUCUGUCUUCUCCAUCGGGGAGUCUUCCUCUUCCUCCUUUCUCCUUGUCGUGGAUGCCGCCACCAUCCACUCAGAGUCCGAAACAUGACAAGGCAAUGGUGAUGAUGCCGGCGGAAGCAAUGAAGGAGGACAAGGCUUUGGAGCUUGCAGAAGGUGACAAGCUGGAGCUGCAUGAUGGAUUGGCUCACAGAGAUCACAAGAAGGCGUAG